UUUCAGGUCACCAACAAUGGCUGGAGGUCUUUUUGCAAUUGAUAAGAGUUACUUUGAGGAGAUAGGAACUUAUGAUUCUGGAAUGGAUGUUUGGGGAGGAGAGAACCUAGAAAUUUCAUUUAGGAUAUGGAUGUGUGGAGGUGUAUUGGAAAUAGUUACUUGUUCACAUGUUGGACAUGUGUUCAGAAAAUCUACCCCUUAUACGUUCCCUGGAGGCACUGGUAAAAUUAUUAAUCGUAAUAAUCAGAGACUAGCAGAGGUGUGGAUGGAUCAAUAUAAAAACUUUUAUUAUAAAAUGAAUCCAGGUGUUCGUAAAACAGAAUAUGGAGAUGUUACAUUCCGAAGAGAAUUAAGAAAUAAACUAAAAUGUAAAUCAUUUGAUUGGUUCUUGGAAAAUAUUUACCAAGAAUCACAAUUCCGACUGAAUGUACAGAUGAUUGGUGAGGUAAGCAAUGACUAUUAUUAUUGUUUCCUAUGCUGUAAAGGAAUAAGAACCUUUGCAAUCCGUCUGUGCAUCUGUGACACGGACGUCAUGAAGUUCGUCAAAA